CCUGAGGGAGGGGAAAAGACACACAACAAUAAACCCUGCCGUGGUGCCGCUCCGCCAAAACCUCGUCUCUCCAUUACUCUCUUUAAUUUACAACAUAUUAUCAUAACAAUAAUCAUAAUCAUAAUCAGGGUGUCGAAGAAUCCUUUGAACAUUAUUUCAGUUUCUUUAUAAUUAUUUUUUAAAAACCCGUUAUAAGUGCGCGGUACUUGGUAAUAAAAUAUCUUGAAAUGCGUUCGAUGAACCUAGGCGCGCCGCCUGUAAGGAUCAGGAUUAAACGAAGCACCCCGUGAGCUGAUUCGAAUGUAAAAAAAAAGAUGAAGUAUUAAGUAAAUCUAACGAUAGCAAUAACGACAUUAAUGAUAGUGACAAAAAUUUUACAUCAAAAUGAAAGUGAAGUGAUCUACAUGCAUGCGGUAUAUAAUAUCCUAUAUAUUCACAUACAUGAAAUUAACGAGACUUUGAUCCGCAAAAGACUCGCGGUUAUCUUACUCAAUCUAUAUAUCUAUCCUUCCCGUGUACUGUGAUGUUCUAUUAUUGAAGGGUGGCGUGCGGAGCACGGAUAAAAUGGCUGUGAUUAACCCCAAUAGGCUAUUUCAUCAGUUACAGCGGUGAAGGUUAUUUUUUUCACCUAAUGCAAAUACAAUUCUGAUUACUAUCGCAAAUUGUCAGCGCUGACGAGUCAAUUGAAAGAUAAGAAAACGAGAUAAAAGCAACGGAAAGAAAUAAAUAACCCAAGAUAUCAGAUGAAAAAAUCAGGGAGAACUGGACGGGGCGAUCAGAUGGUUGACACUGGUUUUCAGAAGGGUUAAGCAUUACAGAAGAUAUAUUCCAUCGAGUCAUUUUCGUUUCCUUGGUGUUUUCCUUCGUUUCUUCUCACCUCUCGCUUGUUUUCCUUAGUCAAUUUUUGAAUAAUGAGAUCUUACGACGGUGAAAGCAGCUCGGGUGACGAAGACGAUCGCAGGGAGGGUGGUCCUCACGAUGCUCACAUUCAACAAGGCACCUGGCAACGGUCUUCGGCCCAUCCAACAUGGGCGUGGGAUCAUCGAGCCGCUCACCAGCUGCCGUCUCAGGGAACAGGGUCACUUGAGUCGAUGGUAUACCCGCCCCCCGGAGCCUCGCAUCCAAGUACAGGGCUAUCCUCGUCGACAGGCUAUUCAUCGGAACACCCGCAGGGAACAGCGGGUCGACGAACACCCCUGGGAGCCGUAGGUCUCGGUGGAUUUUACUUCCAACAACAGCCGCAGCCGCAGUCAUCUGCGGCCAGUUUGUCCGACGAGAAUAGACCCGACCACGAAAGACCUGGUGUAUCGCGGCUGAAUUGCAGUCCCUCGAAAACCAAAACAACAAGACAGGGGAAAAGCGUACGUCUGAACAUAAACGCGAGAGAACGCCGCAGGAUGCAUGACCUGAACGACGCCCUGGACGAACUUCGUUCCGUUAUACCAUAUGCUCACAGUCCGUCCGUGAGAAAGCUAUCGAAAAUCGCUACCCUGCUUUUGGCAAAAAAUUACAUACUCAUGCAAGGCAACGCUCUUGAGGAACUGAGACGUGUCAUUGCUGUUCUCCAGUCGCCGCAUGCGCACACAACCGCCUUACCACCAACCCCUGCAUCCUACGAUCUUUUGCACGGUUUUCCGGGAAAACUGUUCCAGGGAGUUCAAGGCGUGGUUCAAGGAACCGGUACGGUGAACGUUUCCACGUCGAACUCUUCUCAAGCAGUAAGUGCUGGCGGUGGGCUGGUGGACAGUGGCGGCGGGAGCGGCGAAUCGACGUAGGAGAAAUCGUCAAGAGAAAUGAGAGUCGAGUCGGAAAGUAGAGCCAAGAAGUAAAGUAUAGAUAUAUUACGCGCUAGAAGUUAUUUAACAGAAUUAUAUAACAUGAUAGAAAAAACUAAGGAAACUAAGUCAAAGACGAGAAUUUGAAUUUACUAACUAUGUACGUGAAUACAAUAUAAUGCGUAUCAUACAUGAUACAAGUGAAUUAGCUGAAACCGAAGAAAGUACUAGCUGGUAAGAAAAUCUAGUCAGUAAAUAACAAUGAUAACGAUAACAUUGAUAAGAAAAUCAAGAAUGUAUAGCAAUAAGACGUCCUGCAAGAACCGUCGUCUCUAACCAAUGCCGUAUUUUUUUCGUCCGCGAUUGAUAUUUUAGAGAAACGAUGGAAAAAAAAUUCUGCAAUCUCCAUGAAAAAAAUUUCAUUGAACCAGAGCUUCCAUGUUUUGGUAUUAUACGUAACAGAUUCUUCUCGUUUCUUAUUCAACUAUUCGAUACACGAUAUAGUACAGUCAAGGAAUUGUUGGGUACUCUAGUUUUGCAUUAUUUUGGUUUUGGCAUUAAUAUCGGUGAUCAUUUGGUCGAUUCGAGAACGAGAUUCAAAUUUUUUAUAGCUUGAAAAGUAACAAGAGAAAAUGAAAACGAAAUUGAAAGUAUUAUCUAUUUUCUAGAUACAUUCCGUCUGCAACACGAUAGUCAAUAUAGCAUGUGAUAUAUGUCAAAGUAUGCAUAAUUAUUGUGCAUACAAUGAUAAAGGUAACAGUACAGUAUGUAAUAAUAUGUCGAUGCCCUCUAAUCACUCAACUUUAGAGAGGCUAAAUACAAAAGAUUGAACUUUGGCGUGACGAUUAUAAUCCAAGUAACUCUACGGAUUCCAAUGUUGAAACAAUUAUCUUCUGUACUUGUACGCAGAAGUUAAAUGUUAAGUCUUUUAUAAUCAGCCUUUCUGAAAUGAAGUGAAUUUUAUUGGGGUCCAUCGAUAUAGUGUAACGUUUUAAAGUUUAGCGAUGAAUAUACCGAAGUUUAACGGUAUAUCCAAUAGUAUUAUAUUCAAUAAAGAGUUAUCAUAAUUUAUACAUCGAUAUAAAUAAUAUGUAUCUAUAGAUACAAUAUUUCAUAAAAAGAGUAAUAUGUACACGUCAGCUUGUUUACAGAGUUGCGUAUAAAAUAAUUUUGUCAGAACUGUUCGAAGUAAUUAUUGUCGAUUGGAUAAAGACGUAGAUUUUAGAUGUAAAUCGAAUCGUUGUAGAAUAUUCUAAUCAAACGGCCAACGCAUUUCAUAUACAUAUUACCGUGCACAUACGACAGGCUGCAUGAUUGAAAAGUAUAAAUACUUUGCCUUGUAUCAGCGACAAUCUGCUCUCGUUGUUUUUUUCUGCCGUGUGUAUCGAACAUCGGCGUUUCUGAAGCGUGGAUACAUAUGGAAAGCAAAAUAAAAAUACAUAAACAAUAAUAACCUGGUUUACAUACGAAUCGUACGAUAAACAGUAAGCGGAUGAUAACCGUGUCGAACCUUUGAGGAUCCUCUUAUGACUCAAAUAGCAGUCGGUGUCGAGACGAAUAAAACGAGCCCCCAUAGUCACAUUUGGUUAAACUGAUCGCGAGAUGUCGAAUGUUUCAAUUUCAGAUUAACUAACGUAUCGCUAAUUAUCUAAACGAAUAGCAGACGACACCCGUGCGUAGCGUAAGUUGCUCUGAAAUUUCAAACACCAAU